GGAGCAGCCCUUCAGUACCGGUUAAUGUCAUCAAUUUCAAGUUUUGCAUUCUGCGUUCCUGUACUUCUGACAAUGACUUCGCCACUCCUCGUCAUCGAAUCCGUGCAGGUUUUAUACUUCUCUACACACGUGAACCUCUCUACGUUGCUUAAGCAUCUGAAUGUUACACCUGUUGGCUUCGUUGGAGUAUUUGACACUCUAUAUCCUGGGGACCAUUUCUCGGAGUACCAGAUUUUUGCUAAAUAUCUAAAAAAUACCAAAGAAAUCAAUGUGUAUCACAUGCUGCAUACUCAAGAUAUCCUACCCUCUGAAAAUAUAUUCAAGAAAUUUAAUUUGUCGUACAUUGAAUUGCCCUACUACAUGCUUUUUCAUCGGGGUAAUUCUUCUCCUGUUACUUAUCGUAGCAGUUGGAAGUCGGAGGACAUUCUUCAAUGGGUUACCGAAGUUACUGGAUUACACUUACCUCUGCCUGGUUGUAUCGCUUCUCUGGAUGCGGUUGCCCACAAAGCAAGGAGUGCCAACCCGGAGCAAAUCAGGAGGGAGUUACUACCCGAAAUCGAUCAUAUCAGUGCCUCGGAACAGCACAUUAACUCAGAUCUCGCCAAGUUUUAUCGUAUUGUAAUGGAGAAACUCCUCACUCUUGGACCAUCUUUUUUGACUACGGAAUCUGUUCGUUUAAGAAAGUUAGUGGAUAGUGAAGUUGCCGAUUGGCAAAAGGAUAGCCUCAAAAAGCGACUUAACAUACUGACACAAUUUAUGAAACCUAAGGAUGGCUUUGCCAUUAAAACGGAACUCUGACAAACGACAGGUUGCUCUACCUUUAUUGCAUCCGAUCGUUACAUUUUCCUGCUCCUUUUCUUCGACUCCCAAAGCUGUGCUUGUCAUACCAAAUCUGCUGAUUAUCCUUCAUAUGCCUUCUCCUUUUGUGAUCUGUUUACCUUUGUGACUAUGCUUCAUGUAUUGCUCCUUUAUGUUUCUCACUGCUGUUACUGUGCAAUAAAACAUGCUCAUGGCAUGAUGGCCCAACUCCAUCGGCAUCGACUUCAUCCCUUUGCACUUUCGCAAAUUCACACACCAUGGCGCUUGCUGCAUCAGUCUACUUGCUUCACAUCCUCCUCACGUUUGGUUCAGCUACCUGAUGCGCCUUGGUCUACCGUUAACUCUGGCAUCUUAUCGACCUACUUCUGAGCCAAAUUUAAAUAGGAAUAAACUUGCGGAAAUCACAGUUGUAAAAAUCCCACUGGAUACAAGCAGACAUGUUUUCA